AUUGCACUGACGAACGCGGUCCUAAAACGAAAACAAUUAUCAAGGAAUGUCAGAGUACACGAUUUACGCCGUUUUUGCGGUGGUGGUGGCUGUGACUGUGACGGCAAUCGAACAACCGGACGAGGUCGGUCCCGAGGGGGUGUUCGAGAAAUCCGUUUCGGAAAUGAUGGAGCACGAGAAGGGUAUGACCAAGGACGUUGCGGAGAUGUUGGUGGCGAAUGAGUCGCUAGGUAGUGCGAAAGCGGCGGACAAUGUAGACGCUACCGAGGCGAUGGCACAGACCGAGAAGCUCAACCGGGCGCUAAUGGCCAUGGACGAGGUGCAGAGGACCGCGGCCGACGUGUACGACCGGAGUUACGACGAUUUCCUGGACCUGUAUCCGGCGUGGCGCAUGUACCUACUUUGCAACAAACCUAAGAAAAAGAGGGUGCUGUUUAAGCGCUACAAGGCGCUGUUGACCCGAUACAAUGCAGGCCGAAAGGCGCUCAUCGAGGACUUGGGCGUGCUCGUUGGCCUCGAGAAGGCGCUGUUGCCGUCCAACGCGUAUGCCGACCCCGACGAGCGGAUUAAGCCGUCGGCCGACACGGUCGCGGUGCUCGAAAACUUUGCGUUACAACCUAAAGACCCGUCCAGCCGAAUUGCCGACGACAAUGUUUCCGAUUUCCCGUCAUUAGCGGUAACGUAAAUAUUUGUCGACAAAUGUUUCUCUGGACCGGGUUCAAAAGUUAGAUUAAUUUCCAGUACUUCCGUCAUAAUCGAUGUACGCCAAUUUACGUGAAGUUGUUAUGUUGACCGAACGUCGUGCGUAAACCGAUAUUGUAACAUUAUAUUAUUAUAUAUAUAUCGAGCGUAACAUAAUACGCAUUGCUGGUACUUAUCUAAUAAUAAUAUUAUAUUUAUAUUUAGCUGUACAAUGUAUAUUAUAUAUAUAUG